AUGACCACCCAAAAGCCCGCAAAUGCCAGCUCUGGCGCCCAAGGCAUGGAUGCACCCGAAGAUGACCGCGAUAUAAAGCUCCAGAGAGUUUCUGCAGAUCUGCUAGCUGACCUAGAAAGCUCAUUGAAGCCAUUUUUAUGGAAGACCACCAGCUCUGGCAAGGCUAAAGUCCGCCGCCGCGUGCGAGUCCGAGCGACAGACAGACUGGUGAUCUUGCUAGAACCCUUCCAAGAACUACCUCAGCUCCUAGACCCUCACCUCGACAAGCUUGUGCCCAUCCUUGCGAAUGCUUUUCUCGCAGACCUACAAUCUCCCCCCUCGAAGAACCAGCAUGCUGUCGACUCACAGCUCUUGGUCCCAGUCUCGCGCUCAAUAUGCAGGCUUCUAUACACAUUCUGCAAGAUCAGAGGAGAAAAGGUAAUUGUCCGCUUUCUGAGCACCGAGACCAGGCAUCUCGAGCUUCUACUUUCCGCCAUCGAAGCAGGCAGCGGCAAGUCUGCUACCACAUCAGAUGCAUGGGGCUGGGAGGAACGGUAUAUCACACUUCUCUGGCUCUCUCAGCUCCUACUAGCACCCUUUGACUUGGCUUCCAUCUCAUCUGCAGACACUGUUGAUAUCACUCAAGCUGCCGUUCCUCACCUAGAGUGGCCACCCAACGUUCCAGCUGUAGCUUUACGAGUCAUACCACUGGCCAUCCAAUACCUCUCCUCGCCGGGUAAAGAGCGAGAUGCGGCCAAGAUUCUACUCGUACGCAUAGCAACUCGCAGGGAUAUGCAACACCUAGGCAUUUUGCGGUCCUUGGUUCGGUGGGCAAUUCUCGAGCUUCAACCAUCAGAAGUCAUCCAGCCAGCGUAUCACUACAUUGGAAUUCUGUCAUUCAUUGCCGGCGUUCUGGUAUCCUCCAUUGGUACCACCGAUAUGAGUCCAUUCCUUCCUUCCAUUUUCCAGCUCUCUCAAGACAUCUCGAGCUCAGAAAACGUUGUUUUUAACGCCAUCCAGAGUUCGGCAGUAGCUCGAAAGACUGUGAUCAAGGUACUCCGCUCUAUCGCUGCUCUUGACCUUUCCAGUAACUCAGAAGGCUCAGAGAGAGUCGAAUCUAUCAUUGGUACUCUUCUGGAAUACAUUUCUGAUUUAGCUACUCCUGUCAGACUUGCUGCUAGUAAGGCCUUAAGUAUGGUCGCAUUGAAAUUAGAACCUGAAAUGGCAGCACAAGUUGUGGAAGCAGUCAUUGAUUCUCUUGCAGCUGGUGUAAAAUGGCUCGAACCACCAGUCAACAACCGGGGUUUCCAUAUAUCCAAUGCCAACCCGCUGGAGUGGCACGGCCUGAUUUUGACACUCUCGCAUCUGUUGUAUCGUCGCUCUGUACCCUUAGAAAGUCUUGACAGCAUUCUCACGUAUCUUGCCAUUGGUCUUUCAUUCGAGCAGCGAUCUACGUCGGGAAGUUCUAUCGGCGCAAAUGUUCGUGAUGCAUCUUGCUUUGGGAUUUGGGCACUAGCUCGAAGAUUCAGUACAAAAGAAUUGAGUUCUGUGACAAUCAAAGCUGCAGCUCUUAGCUGUACACAGAAAGCGUCUGCCCUUCAGUGUCUUGCCACUGAAUUGGUGAUUUCCGGAUGUCUGGAUCCUGCUGGGAAUAUUCGACGUGGGGCUUCAGCUGCUCUCCAGGAGCUUAUUGGACGUCAUCCGGACACUGUCGAUGAAGGCAUCCAAGUUGUACAAGUGGUUGAUUAUCAUUCAGUUGCCCUGCGCUCGAGGGCUGUACAGGAGACGGCGCCACAAGCUGCUCGGUUGUCAAGUCACUACUAUGAGGGACUUAAGCUAGCUCUACUCGGAUGGCGUGGUGUGCAGGAUAAUGACGCUACAAUGCGAAGGACAAUAGCUACUGGUUUUGGAAGUGUGGUCUGGACCAAUCCGGAUUAUACCAAAAUCCAUUUGAUCAUCACCGACCUCGCUUCUCGUUUACGGUCUUUGCCAGUACGAGAAGCUGGAGAAGCACAUGGUUUGAUAUUGUGUAUGGCGUCGGUGAUUAAUGGUUUGGAGUUAGAUGUUUCAGACAUAAAGUCGGGACUUGAGGGAGACUUACACGGUUUUGUUCGCAGUCUCGGCACGUUCGAAGGUUCAAUAUUCGAAUUUCUCAAUACUUUCGAGACCUCCAAGUCUCCAGAGCUUCUCGCGGAAUCGGCAAGUUGUCUAAUGCUCGCGAUGUAUCCCGUUCUGCGAGCAGAUGUCGCAUUCCGCUUACUUUCUCCACCUGACGUGAAAGACCAUAAUCUCGUUGUCUCUUUCCUUGGAAUUCCAUCAUUAAACCUUGAUGCAUCUUUCGAACAUGUCACCAGAUACCUGGGUACUCUUGAAGAGCUAUACGAAAGCUCCCAGGUUUGUCGUCCAAAUGAGGGGAUCUGCAAAACUAUGCGAAAUCUUCUUUCCCGUUUUCUUGCCCUUGACGACAUAGACCCCGUAUCUGAAGCUGCCGCCGGUUUUCUAUUCUUGCUUGAUUCUAGCGACAGAUCAUCGGUUAUUCUUGACUGGGUUCAACGUGCUAGCAGUAGCAAUCGCAACGGGGAAGGGAAGGUCUACCUACGCGCGCUCCUGAAAGCUUUUCCAAUUGCUCAGCAGCCACAAAUCUUGAAAGUGGUGCGUUUGAGGUGGGCUGCAGGACAAGAACGCCAUGAUAUCGAGAUAUGUUCCACGAUCCUGUUGGCUCUGAGGACCAGCAUGGCCCUCCCGCAUUGUGUGGCUAUUGUUGGGGAGGGCUUGGAUGAUUACACGACAGAUGCGCGGGGUGAUAUCGGGUCACUCUUGCGAAUCGAGGCUGCAAAGGCGGCUGGAGCCUUGAAAGAAAAGACUCUUUUCGGCAAGCUCUUGCGGGUCUCGGUUGAGAAACUUGACAAAGUGCGAGCCGAGGGACAGAGGGCAUUGGGAGCGCCGACAUUGCCUCUGCAGGAAUACUUUGCCUACUUUCUGAACCUGGCCCUGCAGUCCGGUGAGAUGGUCAGCUUGUUCGAAGGAUAUGUUGUCUCAGCAGAUGCUGGGUCCGAAGAUGUUGUGCGGGCGAGUAGGGCUGCGCUGGUGGAGUUUGGUCAUGGGGAACUGGUGUGUGAAACGGUGAUUAUAGUAAUGAAGAACGAGAGGGUUCAAGUGUCCGCGAUGGAGGUGAUGGGAUUUCUCUUUGACAUGGGGAUCGCUCGGUUUGAGAAACAGAUGUUUAUGUUUGUUCAAGGAGCGCAUUACCAGACCAAAAAUGUCCGGAAGCUCGAGGCAGCUGUGAAGCUUUAUGGUGGUAUGGAGGCAUUGAAGAAGCUGACGAGUAUGCUGCUUCAUCCAUAUCCGACGAUUCGGAGCUUGGUCGCCGAGGAGCUUUUUGUGGCGAAAGGUGUUGGGUUAGGGGUUGAUUGGGGAAAGGCAAAGAAAGCGGAUGUUGAAAGUGUAAAAAGGGAGUUAGGGUUUAAUUAG